AUGGCCCUUGAUCGAUCGCGUGCUCAAAUCGCGAGCGAGGAGCACGAACUGGUAGCGCUGCUGCGGCGUCAGGGCAUGAGCUGCGUUCUGAUGUCAUCCGACGAAGAGCUCGCCGCGCUCGGCGAGGGCGUCGGGGACGGCCCGCAGCUGGUACUGAUCGACACCGGCUACAUGACCUCGAUGGAGAUCACGCGCUGCCUCCAGGCUUGCGAGGAGUCUGAGGCUCACACCAUCGCGCUGGUACCGCGCGGCCGUGUUCCGAGCCUCGAUACGAGCCUCCGGCUGACUGAUUUCAUCGUCAGCCCGCCGGACCCGGAUGAACUGGUGAUUCGAGCGCAGCGGGCACUGAGAGCCGGCCAGCAGGUCGACGAAGACAGUCACAUCAUCCGAGCGGGAGACCUGCAGAUAGACACCUCCAGCUACGAGGUCACCAUUAAGGGCAAGCGCAUCGGUCUGAGGUUCAAGGAGUACGAGCUGCUCAAACUGUUGGCGGAGAACCCCGGAAGAGUGUUUUCCAGGGACGCGCUGCUCAACCAGAUCUGGGGGUACGAGUACUUCGGAGGUACGAGAACGGUAGAUGUGCACAUCCGCCGUCUCAGAAGCAAGAUAGAAGACGCAGACACAACUUCAUCGAGACCAUAUGGAACGUGGGAUACAGGUUCAGGGAGUCGCGCUAGACAAAGGAGCAGAACAUGGCAACAGAGAGAGUCGCUUACAGACAGAGGCUUCCUGCAGGGUGACGCCGUGUUCGACACGACCAGGACGUUCGGCGGCCGCAUCUUCCGGCUGGACGAACAUCUCGAUCGCUUCUUCAACUCAUUGAAGUACAUGCGCAUCGAUCCGGGUCUGACGAAACAGGACUUCGCCCGCCUGACGAUGGAGGUCCUCGAGGCGAACCUUCCGCUCAUCGAAGCUGAUGACGACUACUGGGUGACGCAGCGCGCUACCCGCGGCGUCACGGUGGACGGUGAGGUCAAGCCGUCCAUCAUCAUUGAGUGUGUCCCUCUGCCUUUCAAGGCCAGGGCUGCCUACUAUCGCGAUGGCCUGCCGGUGGUCGUGCCGUCGGUCCGACGGACGCCGCCUGAGUCUCAGAGCCCCCGCGCGAAGGUGCACAACUACGUCAACCUGGUCAGGCCAGCCUAG